UUUACAUACAAGAUGCAAAACAACAAAGGCCACUGCGACAGAUGCGGUGCCUAUAGUUCGUUCUCCUUUUUCUUCCCUUUUUUCAUUUCGGGGAUUUCAUUGAGUUACUUACUGUCAUCGCUUGUAACUAACUACCUUUAUAUUGUGAUCUCUUGUCAAAAUAUCGGCUGUGCAUGCGCACUGGAUGACUCAUUCUUUUCCAUUCUUAUUAACUAUUCUUUUGACUUUUUAUUCGAGACAGAUUUCGCUGGUUCUGGUUAUGUAUGGUAGGGUAGGCAUUUUCUCAAAAGACGCCUUGCCUUGUGUUCCGCAAGGCGAACGUGAUGUUCCACAACAUAUGCGCGUAUUUGAAGGGGCGGAUACGAGAGAAAAAGAAUCAAUCCCCUCUUCCCAGUACAUUACAUAGUAAAUACUUUUAGGAUCAAUAAUGGGUUAUAAAAGACUCUUCGUUCUCCGUAAAAUAUUUAUUUCUGUGUCGAAAAUAAUUCAGAUCUAUCCUUCCUCAAUUGGUUGAUACAUUGCGUGUUAUCUACAACGUUUACAAUUCCUCCAAAAAACAAAAAACAUAUAUACGGCUUGACUUGGUUCGUUCAAGAAGCUCUCUAGCCGUGAAGGGCGAGGUGCAAGGUCAAAAUCAGACACGAGUAAACUCGGAAAAUAAAAUGUCAACACUCGAACCAUCAUCCCAAGAUGACAAUAGGGGAGCCUCCCCCGAACCCCCCCAACCCCUGCAACAUCACCAUCAGAACAUAGCAGAAGAUCUCACACUGCAAGUCGACUUUUCCUGGCGACGAUUCAAAAGCCUCAUCACCAACAAAGACGACCCGCAAGCAUCAUCCCCCAUCUACAUCGUCCAUCACAAAGUCACCAAACCGCAUCUCACCUUCAAGUCGGCCGCAGACAACACGGCUUUUGCCACAGGCAGUCUCCACACUUUCUCCAUCGAUGCCGAAUGCGAGAUUCGCGGGCGCUCCACCACCCUCAAGGCACUCAAGCGCUUCAAGACAGAAUACAUGUACCGCUCACACACCUUCGCCACCAACGGCGGCGCUGAGCCCGCGUGCUUGACCUGGACCGGCUCCUGCGGCCUCAAGACCUGGGAUUAUAUCUGCCUCGACGAGAAGCAGAUGCCCGUGGCGAAGUUUUCGGCAAAUAUCUGGGCGGUCAAGAAGAUCGGGACCAUCACUUUUCUGGGAUCGAAUAUCCCUGGCGCCGUCAGCGACGCGGUGAGGGAGGAGAUUGUCGUUACGGCGCUGACGCUGUUCUAUUGCAUGGUGCUCCGGACUAAUAGUGUCCUUUCGUUGUUUGGCGCUGUAUUCUCGCGGCCUGGUCAUGAUGAGAGGGUGGAGGAUGGGAAGGAGGGUGGAAGGUCGAAGGUGGCUGAUUCGGAGUAAUAGCCGCGUUAAUAGUGAAUGUAAUAACGAGCAUUGCUCGGUUGAUUUGUGAAGCACGGUUCGAAAUGUACCAGGGAAAUAGGGGUGGAGUUCAGGUUUGAGGGGGCUGAAAGGGGGUCAUGUUAGUGGCAUUCCGAUCCGGCGUUUGGGGAAGCUGCCUUAUCAGCUGGGCCAUAUUGGCGAAGAAGUACCUCAGAAGGUGGUAUAUUUUAUGGACAAGAGAUAUGUCAUUCCAGUGUUCUGUCCAAUUAGUAAAACCAUUUCACAAAAAUCCACA